AUGAGUGCAGGGUUGACCAACCAGACACCUUCUCCUCAAUAUCAGCAAUAUAAUAAUGACCAAUCUUCAAAUACACCAUCUGCAACUAAAGGAGAUGAUACCAAUGGUUCUAAUAAUAACAACUAUAACAAAUAUAACUAUGACGGAAAUAUGAAUGCAGGGUUGACCAAUCAGCCACCUUCUCCUCAAUAUCAGCAAUAUAAUAAUGACCAAUCUUCAAAUCCACAAUCUGCAACUAAAAGAGAUGACAUCAAUGGUUCCAACUAUAACAAAUAUAACUAUAACGGAAAUAUGAAUGCAGGGUCGACCAAUCAGCCACCUUCUCCUCGAUAUCAGCAAUAUAAUAAUGACCAAUCUUCAAACCCACAAUCUGCAACUAAAAGAGAUGACAUUAAUGGUUCCAACUACAACAGAAAUAUGAGCGCAGGGUUGACCAACAAGCCACCUUCUCCUCGAUAUCAGCAAUAUAAUAAUGACCACACAGGAUUAACCAAGCAGCCACCUAUUGCUCAAUAUCAGCAAUAUAAUAAGGAUCAAUCUUCAAAACCGCAAUAUGCAACUAAAAGAAGCGACAUCAAUGGUUCCGAGCAUAACGGCUAUAACAGAAAUAACAAUGGCGGAAAUAUGAAUGCAGGGUCGACCAAUCAGCCACCUUCUCCUCAAUAUCAGCAAUAUAAUAAUAAUACUAAAGGAGGUGACAUCAAUGAUUUCGAUUAUGACGACUAUAACAGCUAUUAA